AUGCAAUCUUAUCCACCUUAUUCCAUUACAAAACGAGAUGAUAAAUCAAUAAAAUACCAUGCAUCAUGCUAUUGUAGUUUAGUUCAAUACGUUUUUUAUGAUAAAUUUCCCUUUGAUUCAACUUAUUGUCAUUGUUAUAGAUAUUCAUUAAAAUUUUAUAAUAAUAGUGAAAAUAUUCCAAAACACACAUUACCAAAUAGAGUUAGUUGUAAACAAUGUUCUACAUCAUUAGAUGAUGAAGGACGUAGAAUGUGGUUAGCAUUUUCACAGAUAUUUAAAGAAUUUCGUGCAGCUGAAACAAUUUGA